UCAGAAAGCCGAGCAGGAGAUGCGGACAAAAUCGUAACCUGGAUCUAAAUCAAACAUUGCAAAGGAAGCUCUCCAGAGUCUGCGUGUCGAGGAAAGGCGACCAAAGAGAAGACCGCCGGGAACGCAGUGGGAGGACGCUAAAGCGGGCAGCCAGUGAGGAGGCCAGGCGGCGUCGGUCAUGCCCCGGAGGAAGGUGGCGGGGCGGGCCUGGGACGGCGGCGCGGGCAACGGGCCCGGCGGCGGGGCUGCUCGCAAGCGGCCUGCCUCCUCUUCCUCCUCCUCCUCGUCAUCAUCGUCCUCAUCCCGCACCGGGGGGCCCCGUCUGCAGCCGCCCAGGAAGAAGGAGCGCAACGGAGGUGGUGGGGGAGACGGCGGGACUGGGGGUGGGUGGAAACUUGAAGGGCCCAAGUUCAAGGGGCAGCUUCUGAUAUUUGGAGCCACUAACUGGGACUUGAUUGGCCGCAAAGAAGUACCCAAGCAGCAAGCCGCUUACCGUAACCUGGGCCAGAACUUAUGGGGGCCCCACCGGUAUGGGUGUCUCUCAGGGAUCCAAGUCCGGGCGGUGGUGUCAGGGCCGUGUGCUGCUCACAGCCUCCUGGUUACCUCGGAGGGGAAGCUCUGGAGCUGGGGACGUAACGACAAAGGGCAGCUGGGACAUGGAGACACCAAGCGUGUAGAUGCCCCCAAGGCCAUUGAAGCACUCGGCAGUGAAACAGUUGUCUUGGCAGCUUGUGGCCGAAACCACACCCUAGCCCUGACAGAGAACGGCUCCGUGUUUGCCUUUGGAGAGAACAAGAUGGGCCAGUUGGGCCUCGGUAACCAGACGGAUGCUGUCCCCAGUCCCACGCAGAUCAUGUACAACGGGCAGCCGAUCACCAAACUGGCAUGCGGAGCUGAAUUCAGCAUGAUAAUGGACUGCAAGGGGAACCUCUAUUCCUUUGGGUGCCCUGAGUAUGGGCAGCUGGGGCACAACUCUGAUGGAAAGUUCAUCGCCCGAGCACAGAGGAUAGAGUAUGACUGUGAGCUGGUUCCCCGCCGCGUUGCCAUCUUCAUAGAAAAGACAAAAGACGGCCAGGUCCUUCCUGUACCAAAUGUGGUUGUGAGGGAUGUGGCCUGUGGCGCGAACCACACGCUUGUUUUAGACUCCCAGAAACGGGUCUUCUCCUGGGGCUUUGGGGGCUAUGGCCGGCUGGGUCACGCUGAGCAGCGAGACGAGAUGGUGCCCCGACUGGUCAAGCUGUUUGACUUCCCAGGCCGGGGGGCGGCACAGAUCUACGCGGGCUACACCUGCUCCUUUGCUGUCAGUGAAACGGGUGGCCUGUUUUUCUGGGGAGCCACAAACACUUCACGGGAGUCCACGAUGUACCCCAAAACCGUGCAGGAUCUGUGUGGCUGGAAAAUCCGCAGUCUGGGUUGCGGGAAAAGCAGUGUUAUAGUGGCUGCCGAUGAGAGCACCAUCAGCUGGGGCCCGUCUCCAACCUAUGGAGAACUGGGCUACGGAGACCACAAGCCCAAGUCUUCAACUGCAGCUCAAGAAGUGAAGACCUUGGAUGGGAUCUACACAGAGCAGGUCACCAUGGGCUACGCCCACUCCCUGGCCAUCGCCCGCGACGAGAGUGAAGCCGAGGAGGAGAGACUCAAGAAGCUGCCAGAAUACAACCCGCGCACGCUCUAGCCUGGGCCGCCUGCCCUCUCCGAAGCAGCUGCCCCUUCCGAUGUGCACUGGGACGCAGAGUCGGGCGAAGAGGUGGCCGACAUCGAUGAGCCGGCGCCUGUUGGGCUACCAGAGAUUGGGUUUUAUGAGCAAUUUCACGUCUUGACUGCCUGUUGCUAUGACUCUUCCCCUUCUCCUACCCCCGUCUGCCCUUUCCAAAGGAUGGCUUGUUUUGUAUUGGUAUUUUUGUUUUGGUUCUUUGUUGCGGGGGGGGGG